AUGACAACAACAGCAUGGGCACGAGUUACUCCAGGCACAAUAAAAAAAUGUUUUUUACAUACUGGGUUUGGUAAUUUUUCGAAUUUAAAUACAACUGAUGACGAUUCUGAUGAUGAAUUGGACAAUUUGCCAUUGGCGAGAUUAUCAUCAGCGGAAGCAACAGUUACGGAUUGGGAAACUUAUGUGAAUAUUGACGAUCAAGUUAUCACUACUGAUAACUUGACUGAUAAUGAAAUUAUUGAGUCUGUGCUUCAAACACAAGAAAAGGAGGAUGAAGAAGAAGAAGAAGAUUGCAGUCUAAAUGAGAUUCCAACAACUAGAGAUGCAUUAUGUGCUAUAACAACGCUCAAAAUGUUUAUUUGGUGA